UCAUUCUCCAUCUGGACUCUCCUCCUCUCUGACUGAACAGCUGUCAUGGCGUUGAACGGUAAAGUAGCUGUAGUGACCGGAGCAGCCUCGGGCAUAGGAAAAGCAAUGACGGAGGUCCUCCUGCAAAGCGGUGCCAAGGUGGCCCUCCUGGAUGUGAAUGAAACUGCCGGAAAGAGUUUACUGGAGGCUCUUCAGAAAGAGUUUGGACAGGAGAGUACUUUGUUCCUUGCAUGUGAUAUUGAAUCAGAGGAACAGACUAAAGCUGCGUUACAGAAAGCUGUAGAAACGUUUGGAGGAAUAGACAUCCUGUGCAACAAUGCUGGCAUCUUGAACGAGAACACUUGGGAGAAAACAGUCUCCAUAAACCUUAUGGGUUCUAUCAGGGGGACCUUCCUGGCUCUGGAGCACAUGAGCAAGAUGAACGGUGGUCGAGGAGGCGUCAUUGUGAACACAGCAUCCAUGGCAGGUCUCGGCCCUCUACCAAGCUGUCCUGUCUAUACAGCCACUAAGCAUGGCGUGGUGGGUUUCACUCGAGCCAUGGCGGCUGCCUCUGCUGCAUUAGGCUACAGUGUACGUUUCAACGCUAUCUGCCCGAGUUUUGUUGAAACUGAGCUGUUUUCAAAUAUUUUAACCAGACUUGGGAAAUUUUCUCCCCUGGCAGAGGCAACCCAACAAAUGGCAGAUAAGAUGGGGACACUGAGUGUGUCAGAUGUGGCAAAGUGCCUUCUUGAACUUCUGACAGAUGAGACAAAGAACGGAGAAGCCUUCAUUGUGAGCCCUCAAUACAAGAAAUACAUGGUUUUCCCUAGUUUAAGCCAGGAUGUGUGAUUCCUGGCUGAAUCCUGAAAACUGUAAAGUAAAAACAAAGAAAAAAAAAAUCAUUAUCAUGUACAGGACAAAUCAGUGAUUCGUCUUGUUCAUCAUUUUAUUUUCAUUCAGAAGAGUAAGGCCAACUUGGAUCAUUUUUUACACUCUAAUGUAUCAUUGUUGUAACACCAACGAUUCUGCAGAAGUAAACAUUAAACUGUUAAACUUACCACUGGGUGAACACAACACUGACUUAAGGAAGAGUAUUAGGGCCACUGAAAAAAAAAAUUUGACGAAUUUUUUUUUUUCACUUGUGA